AUGACCAUAGAGGACGAUUCUGUUAACCAAAAUAAGGACAUUUUACAAUCAGAACAACAACUUUAUUAUAAUCAACUUUUGGAAAAAACAGAAGAAAAUGAAAACUUGUUAAUUCAAAUUUCCGAACAAAAACAACAAAAUGAAUUGAUUUUGACGUCUCAAAAUAAAUUUUUGAGUGAUUUGGAGAAGAUAACAAUUUUUAUUUUAAAAUUAAAUAAUGAUGAUAUUGAAGAAGAAGGAAUUUUUGGAAAUGAAGAGGAAAAAGAUUUGCCAAAUAUUGAUGAUAUUUAUUCCAAUUUUUUACAAAAAACUUUGAAAAUUAAAAAUAUUUUUGAAUCAACUAGAAACGAAUUAAAUGAAGUUCAACAAUACAAUGACACACUUUUUGAUCAGAUUGAGACUUUAAAAGCUGAAAAUGAUUUGUUUAAAUGUAAAUAUGAACAACAGGAAGAGACAAAAUUGAAGAUUGAAUUUGAAUUAAAAUCUUUGUGGCAAAAAUAUACAGAAAAUUUAAAUUUACUUGACAAUAGCAAUAAAACAAUUAAAGAAUUUGAGGAAAAAGUAGUUAAUCUUUCAAAUGAAUUGACAUCAAAAAAGAAUGAAAUUUUGGAACUUGAAACAGAAAAUAAAGUUUUGGAAGAAGAAAAGGCUUCAUUAAAACAAAAUAUAAAUUCAAUUGAACAACUCGUGGGUAGUUUACGAAGAGAAAAUGCAUCAUUACAAAAUAAAAUUGUUGAAUUGAAAGAAAAAUCAGCUUCUUUAACGUUAAAAUUAAAUGAAGAAAAAAGUCGAUUAGAAAAAUUGGUUAAUUUAUUAAAUUCCAUUGUUGAUAAAUUUAAAUCAAAUGUUGUUAAUUUAACUAGUUUGGAUGAAUUUAUAAAUGAAGGAAUUGAAAAUUGUAAAAAUGAGGAAGAAAAGAAAUUUCUGGGGGAAAAAGGAGAAGGAGAAGAUUUACAAAAUAAUAAUUUUGUUGUGGAACAACUUGAAAAUGAAAUUACAAAUUUAAAAAUACAAUUGGCAACAGCUGAAGCUUUAGCUGAAGAUCUAUUAAAUCAAAAAUCUGCAUUAGAAAUAGAAAAGAAUUUAUUAAUUUCUGAACGUAACAAUUUAUUAAAUUUACAAAAUGAAUUGGUUGAAUAUCAAAAUAAAAAUGAAAAACUUUCUCAAGAAUUGAAUAAAUUAAAUAAAAAUGUGAAGGAAAAUGAUAAAAUUAGUAGAAUUUCAGUAAAUUUCGAUGAUUUACAAACACAAACAGAAUUAAUUAAAAUUUGUCAUAAAAAUGUACAAGCUGAAAAAGUUGAACAUUUAAUUGAUGCUCAAAUACAAUGUGAUGAGGAUAAUAAAAUUGAAAUGAAAACAAUUGGAGUAGAAACUGAUAAACUGGUUGAAGAAAAAAUUUUAUUUAAAGAUGUAGCUGUUGGCGAAGAUAAAAUAAUAGCUGAAGAUGACGAUGAAACUGUAAACCAAGAAAAAUUUAAUUUAAUCCAACAACAAAGCCAUCAAUUGUUGAAGGAAUGUAUUCAAGAUCGACAAGAAUUUGAAAGAGAUAUGGAUAUAAAUGUACAACAAUUGUUGGAAUUAAAAAAUUCUUUGGAAACUUCAGUAGAAAUUUUGAAAGGAGAAGUUUGGGCUUUAAAUGAAGAAAUUAAAAAGGUAAAGAAUAUUGUAAAUUUUUGGAAGGGCAAAUGUCUUAAGAAAAGGAAGGUGGUAGAGAAGGGGGCGGGACUUAUGGAGGGGAAACUACACAAGACCCAAAUUUUUUUGGCUUUUUUUUUGAAAUUAAAAAAAAUUAAGCGUUUUUCCGAACAAAAUGUACUUAAAAAUAGUCUUGAACAAGUUGGAAAUUUGGUUAAACAAUUACGUUCAGAAAAUGAUAAAUUAAAUUUUGAAGUGGAGGAAAGAAAUGGCGAACUGAUUGAAUUAAAAAUUAAAUUGGAAUAUUAUGAGGAGAAUGAGAAAGUAAUGGAGAAGGAAAAUAUGGUUUGUAAAAGAUUUUUUUCUAACUUAAUUUAAUAUCAAAACGUUCGGAUACCAAAUCUUCAAAGCUGUCGAAAUGCCAAACUACAGAAAAAUAACAAACACAUAUGGAUAUAUUCCCAAUUAGAGGGAGUGUUGUUGUUAACAGUUCGGAUUUACUAUUUGAUAUUUGGCGCCCUAACUACAGUUUGUUGUUUCGGCAGCUUUUUGGAGCCAGGAAUUUCGGCGUUUUGGUAUUACAGGAAUAUACCGGUUUAGUUUUUAAGUCCAAUAGUAGUU